AUGUCCAAUCGUCAACAACUGGCAACAAAUCCAGCCGCCUUAGCAGCAGCUCAAGCAUCACAUAGUAAUCCAAUAAACAACAACAAUAUAACACCAAAACAAAUGAGUCACCAUCACUCCUCACCAGCUAAUGGUGGUAAUGCAUUAUCAAAUUCAAAUUCCUCAAGCAACAACUCCUCAGUGGUUGGUUUACACUAUAAAAUAGGUAAAAAAAUCGGUGAAGGUUCCUUUGGGGUUAUUUUUGAAGGUACAAACAUAAUAAAUGGAGUCCCUGUGGCUAUAAAAUUCGAACCUAGAAAGACUGAAGCGCCUCAAUUACGAGACGAGUAUAGAACCUAUAAACAUUUACAAGGAUGUGAAGGUAUUCCAAACGCAUACUAUUUUGGUCAAGAAGGAUUACACAAUAUAUUAGUUAUCGAUUUGUUGGGUCCUUCAUUAGAAGAUUUGUUUGAUUGGUGUGGAAGAAGAUUCAGUGUCAAGACAGUCGUUCAAGUUGCAAUUCAAAUGUUGAGUUUAGUUGAAGAAGUCCAUCGUCAUGAUUUAAUCUACAGAGAUAUCAAACCAGAUAAUUUCUUGAUUGGUCGUCAAGGAAUGCCAGAUGAAAAUAACGUUCAUUUAAUUGAUUUUGGUAUGGCCAAACAGUACCGUGACCCUAGAACAAAACAACAUAUUCCUUACCGAGAAAAGAAAUCUUUGAGUGGUACUGCUCGUUAUAUGUCAAUCAACACCCAUUUAGGUAGAGAACAAUCCAGAAGAGACGAUUUGGAAGCAUUGGGUCAUGUGUUUUUCUAUUUCCUUAGAGGUCAAUUGCCAUGGCAAGGAUUGAAGGCACCAACCAAUAAGCAAAAGUAUGAAAAGAUUGGUGAUAAAAAGAGAACCACUCCAGCUGUUACUUUGUGUGACGGUUUACCACUGCAAUUUGCAGAAUAUUUAGAUUCAGUAAGAUCUUUACCAUUUGAUGCUGAACCACCUUAUGAAGAAUACAGAAUGUUAUUUAUGUCUGUUUUGGACGACUUGGGUCAACAUGCUGAUGGGGAUUAUGAUUGGAUGCACCUUAAUGGUGGUAGAGGUUGGGAUGCAGCCAUCAAUAAAAAACCUAACUUACAUGGAUACGGUCAUCCAAACCCACCAAACGAACGUGAAAGAAGACACCGUGAUCAAAGAAGAAGCAGACAACAUCAACAGCUGCAACAGCAACAACAACCUUCACAACAACAACAACUGCAACUGCAAUUACAACAACAACAAUUACAACAGCAACAACCAUUAUCAGCAGCUCAAUUACACCAACAAAAAUUACAGCAUUUGGUUAACAGACCAUUACCUCCAAUUAAACAAGAAUCACAAUCUGCCAUGCCAACCACUAGUGGUCAAAACGAUCUCAUGCAUAACGACGGAGUUGAUCAAUCUGGAGCUAAAUAUGAAGGCUACAACAAUAGACAAGAGCAAUAUCAACAACAACAAAUGGUUAAUGAUAACGAAGAACACAAAGGAUUCUGGUCAAAAUUAUGCUGCCAUUAA